AACCAGUUAACGCCCUUGGUACAGCUGCGAGCUUUAUGAUCAAAUUAGCCGAUGAUGGCAGUCGGUGCCUGCGUUGAGCACUUUCAUAUCUCUGCUACUGAUUGUAGUUUUAAUUGUCAACGUAACUUGUCGCAUUUCCUUCGGUGGUAGGCAACAUUUUAACGGAAAACGUAAUGCAAGGACCAAUGGACCACGAAAAGAAUUGACGCAAAAUGGAUGAAGAAAUAGAAAGCAUACGUGCGGCCGCCGCUGCUAUUCCAAAGGGUCCGCUAAAGACGGAAGAAAUAUCUCCAAGUAGCCCAGACAAUGAACCAAGCGAGCGAAGUGACGGCACCACGUCUCCUCCACCUAAUUGCAGCAUUUGCUUGGGCAAGCUCGUCAACAAAUCUUUCACCGACAGCUGUUUGCAUCAGUUUUGUUUCAGCUGCUUGUUAGAGUGGUCGAAAAUAAAAACAGAAUGCCCUCUGUGUAAACAAACUUUCAAAUCCAUCAUACAUAAUGUUAGAUCCGAGGGCGACUAUGAUCAAUAUCAUGUUCCCCGUCAGUUUGUCUCACUGUCUGCGUCACAAAUGGCUGCAACAGUGGAUGUUCAUUUUGAUCUGGUCAGCAGUAUAAACCUGCCGAGGGAAACACAUGGAUUUAGUUACCGUACAACAAUGACACCUAAUCAUAGAUACCGAAAUAUCUUAAAUCCCGAACAAGUUAUGAGGAAUGAACAACUACCUGCUGUUACGUCACUAGUUACUAGAGAGGAACGAAGACUGCGACGUACUAAUCCUAUUGACUAUCGGCGCAAUGUGUAUCGUUUUGGACAUUGGGCGACAUCUCUACCAGACAUAUUUGGAAACUUCAGGGAAUGCAGUGCUGAAUACUAUCGGCGAAACCCAAACCAAUUGAAUCGAUUGAUUCCUUGGCUGAAUCGCGAACUGCAAGUAUUGCUUAACAACAAUGCUCCACAAAUAAGUUACGUGAUGCGUGUUAUCAUGGAAUCUAUCACACGGCAUGACUUGAGAAGUUCCGACUUUCGAGACACAGUUCGUCCCUACUUUGCCAUGCACACCGAGCACUUUGUCCAUGAGCUACUUAACUACGCGCAGACCAGUUUUGACUUGAUUGGUUAUGAUCAAUACGUUACCUAUGUUUCAAAUCGUGGUUUGUCCAAUGAAUAUGUCCCUGUCGUAUCAUCACCCAGUUCUAGUAGCAGCAGCAUAUCUACUGAUUCAGAUGUUCAAGUUGUUGAAGAAACUAUCGAUGCAAGUCGGAUGAAUAUUGAGAUGCUCGGAAUAGGUCCGCAUACAGUCGAGAUGCCUGGUCCAAGUACAGUAGCCGAAGCACUCCGAGAAACUGCACAAACUUCUAAUAUUGUAUUGACAAUUUCGUCAAGCUCAUCAGGAAUAUCAGAUAAUGAAUGUGAAGUUGUGGGGUAUGUGAAGCCUCGGCAUGAAAGAACACCAGAAGUUAUCGAUCUAUUAUCAUCGGAUGCUGACACAGUGAAUGUGCCUGAUGCUCCCAAUUUAGACUAUGGCGAGCAUACUAGACAUAACUGUCAAAUUGUGACAAAACAAUGUCCACCAUUUGAAGAUUGUAUAGAUCGGUCUCCUUUUGAUUCGCCGAGUGUAUCAACCUUAAGCGAAGUUAACGAGGCUACGACUUCUACGGAUAGGAAAAGAAGCUCAACCCAAAAUACUCUGGCAUCCUUAAAACGAUUUUCUGACACAACGACGUCGGAGAGUGAUGAUAUCGAUUCUAAUCGGGAUUAUACUCCCUACAGCGGUAACGGAUCAAAGAACAAAACAAAGAAGUCAAUCAUUGCCACAAGUCCUGUGCAUGGUCAAAAGUACAAGCGGGGUACGAAUAUGUUUGUUCGAAUAAAGCGUCGUGUUAAAGCAUUGAUUUCAAGUAGCAGCGAAUCUGAAGGCCGGAUCAUAGAUGGAAUGUUCAAACCCGUGUCAAUAUCACCAGAAAGUGACAAGAGAGAAUAUUCUUCAAGUUGGAAUGAUUCUAGUCCAGACCGGCACAAAAAACGUCAGGAAACAAAAGGUAAAUCCAAAUUAAUGAAAUCGGCAAUAUCCAAUAUGAUAACAGUUCGUAAAGACUUAGUUAAAAAGGAAGAAUGGUGCAGUGAAAAUUGUGCAGAAAGCGAUACCUCUCAACGAAGCACCAGUAUUCCCAAACAUAGAUCUUGUAGAAACAAGAAAUGUGGAUCGAAGAAAUAUCGUUCGAUCAAGGAUUCAGAUUCCGAGCGAGAAGUAAAGAAGCGUGAGAGUGACGAAUAUAAUUCUUUUGAAGACAAUGGGAUGUCAAGUAAAAAACUAACAGAAGCUAAUUUUAAAGUCGACUACAGCACGACAGAUUCCGAGAGGAAUGUGUUGAAUGGUCGCUCAAGUAGCUAUUGCAGCGCACGAUCGAGUAAAGCAUAUGUUGGUAAGAAAAAAUCAAAACACAAGGAUAGACGAAAAGAAAAGGGAAGUCGCAAAUCCGACAGCAAGACUGUUGCUGCUACUGUCACAGAUUCAUUCCAGGCCGAUGACAAUUGCACACCAAGUGUUUCAACGGCAUCUGUAACUUCAUCCAUUAGAAGUGACACACUUCUUUCAUCUAGAUAUGCCAGUUCUAAAAAACGUUCGAGUUCUAAGGAGAGACGUAGAUCCCACAAAAAAUACAAGGAAUCCAGAAAGUCUCAUAAACGAUCUAAGAGCGAAUCGAAAUCAAGGUCCAAGAAAAAGAAACGCCGUAUUAGAUCAUCCUCCAGUUCUGACUCGGAAUAAAACAUGUAUUAACAAAUUUGUUCAUUAACGUUCAGUUCUCUGUUCGUGCGCAGCAAGAUUUAACUCUCACAAAUCAUGUCUAGAUGAAAUAUCUUGUUGAUAAUAAUUCCCAACGCUAGCGUGCGCUAGCAAAAAUAGGACCUGCAUAAUUCAUAGAUAUACGUUAUGGAAAUAAUUGAUUGAAGGGUGAUCAUAGAAUACACAAUUCACGAGAGUAAUUGAACGUUUCUUACACCUAUGUUCUAUUUUUUUUUAAG